AUGGUUCAAAACAAUAAGCAUGUAUGUAUAAACAAUAAUUAAAAUUUAUUUACCUGGAUGUUAAAUAAGGUAUGUUUAUUUUAAUAUUUUUAGGUUUUAAAAAAGCCUGAUGUACAAUUAAAUGUUUCUUCUAUUAUAAGGGAUUUCAUAAGGUCUCAGAGUUGCAUAAAAUCCGGUGACCCUGGGUAAUUAUUAAAUUACUUUAUUACAAUUUGUUUUUAAAUUUAAUUUUAUAUAAUAAUUGAUGUAGGAACAAAUUAUUCAAUUUUGGGAUAAAACUACUGAAUGUUUUCAACCAGAUCAUGAUGGGAGAAAUAAACGGUGACAUAGUAUAUGCAAAUGAGAAGAUGCAUAACUUGAUUAAAAAGGUUAGUGGGAGAACUUUGUAA